UAAGGCAGCUGCAGGGUGAGCAAAUGCUGGGGGCGAAACCCCGGAUCGGCGAGUGGGGCAUCACCGAGGCAGACGGGGAAGCCUGGCUGUCCGACGCACAGCGCCAUCCCUCCUGGCUGCCAGUCAGCUUUAGCCUUUCAGUAACACUUCCUCAAAGCAACAUCGGUUCCCUCCAUCCAAAAAGAGGAAGAUGAUUCAGAACUCAUAUGAAGAGCCGUCCAAACGAAGGAAACGGCAGGUUAAGGACCUGAGCCGGGAAGUCCUGGGAGAGUAUCUGAACCUCGGGAAGAAGAUCAGUGCCCCACAGGACGUAAUGAUGGAGGAACUGAAGCUCCUGGCCAACAGGGGAUCCAGGAUGUUUCACGAAAGGUUGAGAAGGGUAGAUAAGUUCAUCCUGGAGGACACAGGAAGAGCUUCAGGCAAGGUAGCGGAAUCGAGCCAGGCUAAGAGGUCCGAGCUUGAGUCGGGAGGAGAACAAGGCGGAAAGGGAAGCUUUCAAGCUGAGGUCUUCCUCAAGCAGCUUGGGAGAAACAGUCUUGCUUCGGCUUUGAGAGGCACAGUGGGCAGCAAAGGAAACCCUGACGUUCUCGCUCCGGGCUACGCGAAGCCGCUGAAGGAUAUUCCUCACGAGAAGUUUAACGUCACCGUGAUCCCGAAGUCCUACUACUCGCCCUGGCGGGAGGAUCUGAGGGCCGGAGAGAAGAUCCUGGCCACCAUCGAUGCUCAUCUGCCAGAGCUGCCCCAGAAACUCACGCCUGCCAACUACAAGUGCUUCAACAGAGCGCCGAUUCCGUUCAGUGGGAGCGCCGGGAGUGUGAGGACCCUGCCAUUGCCGGGAUUCGAGCUUGCCCUGGCUCGCACGGAGCCCAGCCUGGACUGGGAGCGCAUCUCCAGAAGGCCAAACUUCAACCGAGCACCUCAGGGAUGGGGCUUAGGCAAGAAACCCGAGUCCACGGACCAAUGAGGGAGAAGGGGCGGGGCUUGUGAGGCCCCUCCCACCUCACAGACAGCUUACAAUAAACCUGUAACCUGGUAGCGUCUGAAAUCA